AUGACUAGCUACGCGGCCCAGGUCUUUAGCAAAGUGGAGAGAACAUGCUAUCAUCUCCCCGUAAUCUUCAACACCUUCCUGGUCUUCUCCAUCACUGGAGAGGUGAGCUACCUUGUGUUGAUCGAGGCUCCGCUGCAGGCGGAACUGAAGAGGACGGAGUGGUCUUCGCGAUGGAAAUCCCUGCACCUGCUGGCCCAAUACUUCAUGCUUUGCAACAUUUGCUGGAACGCCUUGCUUUUUGUCCGAACCAGCCCGAGCAUCAAGGGCGUGUUCCUGGGAGGGGAUGGUGUGGGACAGGGAUGGAGGUACUGCUAUGCGUGUGAAACACACACUCCUUCACGCUGCUCCCACUGCUACGAUUGCAAGGUGUGUGUGCUGCGACGGGACCACCACUGUGUGUUCUUUGGACAGUGUGUGGGCUUUCGUAACUAUCGUUACUUCCUGAGCUGCUUGCUGUUCAUGUGGUCAGGGCUCCUGUAUGCCACGCUGAUGAACGCUGAGGUCUUCAUCGUCAUACUGAAGGAGGGUGUGACGAUGCACAGCGUUCUGUUGCUGUUGGUACCCUGGAUCAUGCUGAUUUCAGGCCAGGUCUCGGCACGUGCCUUCACCUUUGCCUUUAUUGCCGACACGUGCGUUGUGGGCCUCCUGUUGGUUUCUGCCUUCUUCUUCUUCCAUCUCUUCCUACUUUUCCGGGGACAAACCACAAGGGAGUGGUACUCAUCUCGCCGCCCCUACAACCUGGGACUUCUGGGCAACUUGCGUCACACCCUUGGUAGUCGCUGGUACUUGUGUUGGCUCUGUCCACUUAUCCAGUCACCUUUACCUGGAGAUGGGAUACACUUCCAGGUGACAGGCUCACUGGAACCCACCCAAUAA